AAUCAAAUCUUUCUCUCAUCACAACAAUCAUCAAUAAAACGGGUCACCCUCUCUUCUUUAUCUUUUUUGUGUUUUUAAGCAAACUCUUCCCUGAAUCUCAUCUAACUUCACCGUCUUUGUGCCUAUACUCUACCCAAUUCCUUGCUUCUUAUAAAGCUGGGAUUUUUAUUUGCUUCUUCUGAGCUGUUGCAUUUUUUGGGGACCUGUGAAUUGGAUUAGUUACAGUUGGUAUAUCUGUUGGUGCAAAUUGCAGCUUUUUUGGGUUCCCAAGUUAAAAACCUUGAUGAGUCCUUGUUGGUGGUAAAGUUGCUGGCUUUUGAUGAAGAGAGCAAGACCCAAUAUCUGUUAUGUGUGAAAUGCUUUUUAUAAAAUUGGAUAUUUUUAGAAGGGGAAUUUUCUGUGUGUUGUAUCCUAUAAGCUUUUAAUCAUUCUGGAGGAGGAAUCGGUGCUUAUUCUCUUUAUUGUGGAUUGGGACUUGGGGUUUCCUUUUAUUUGCAAUAAAAAUCUGUGAGGGAAUCAGUUCAAGUGAAUUUGGGAUAAAUACUUAACGUCUGAAUUGAAAAUUGGGUGUUACUAUUUGGUGGGAUGUUAUUCCAAUCCAAUUGAGAACAUAGCAUUGCAUAUUAGAGAAGGUAACCUGUUCUAGUGUUUCUGAAGGGUUUUGGUGUCUCUUUAGAUAUUUAAAGAUGCAGCGUGUUAGAUUAUCAUCUCAACAGGCACCAGUACACAAGCUAGGAGAUCCUCAAAUCACAUUAUCUCCUAAGUUUAGGUUAGCUGUGAUGCAAUCUUCUUUGGCAAAUCCAUCACCAGAGCUAGAGUUAUCUCUUAGAGGAGAACCCUUAAUACCGGGCCUACCUGAUGAUGUUGCUCUCAAUUGUCUUCUUCGUCUUCCGGUUCAGAGUCAUUCAUCCUGUAGAGCUGUCUGCAAGAGGUGGCAUCUGCUACUUGGUAAUAAAGAGAGGUUUUUUACCAAUAGGAAGCAAUUGGGUUUGAAAGACCCUUGGCUUUUUGUAUUUGCCUACCAUAAGUGCACUGGAAAGAUCCAAUGGCAGGUUCUUGACCUUACCCAUUUUUCUUGGCAUACUAUCCCUGCAAUGCCUUGUAAGGACAAGGUUUGUCCUCAUGGUUUUAGGUGUGUUUCGAUUCCGCGUGACGGCACUCUGUUUGUAUGUGGCGGUAUGGUCUCUGAUGUGGAUUGUCCUCUUGACUUGGUCUUGAAAUAUGAGAUGCAUAAAAAUCGUUGGACUGUGAUGAAUCGAAUGAUCACUGCUAGGUCAUUUUUUGCCAGUGGAGUGAUUGAUGGGAUGAUUUAUGUAGCUGGGGGAAAUAGUACUGAUCUUUAUGAGCUAGAUUCUGCUGAAGUGUUGGAUCCUCUCAAUGGGAGUUGGUGCUCUAUUGCCAGCAUGGGAACAAAUAUGGCAUCUUAUGAUGCUGCAGUUCUUAAUGGGAAACUUCUGGUUACAGAAGGCUGGUUAUGGCCUUUUUAUGUCUCUCCAAGAGGUCAGGUCUACGAUCCAAGAACUAAUAACUGGGAAAAUAUGGCAGUUGGACUUAGAGAAGGGUGGACUGGUUCAAGUGUGGUUGUUUAUGGGCACUUAUUUGUUGUGUCUGAGCUCGAAAGAAUGAAGCUAAAGGUUUAUGACACGGAAACUGAUUCCUGGGAAGCCAUAGAGGGGGCCCCUUUGCCUGAGCAAAUAUGCAAGCCCUUUGCUGUUAAUGCUUGUGAUUGUGACAUUUAUGUUGUGGGUCGAAAUCUUCAGGUUGCUGUUGGUCAUAUUUCUAAACUGAACCUGAAAGAAAGUUGUGAGGAAAAAUGGAGCUUCAGAGUUCGAUGGCAUGUAAUCGAUGCACCAGAAAGUUUAUCUGAUCUGACUCCUUCAAGCUCUCAGGUGCUGUUUGCAUAGUUUUUCAUUAUCCUGUAAUAUUAUGAAUGUUUUCUGAAUAAAUGUAAUUAAAUAUAAUUAUUAGAGGUCUAAAUGUUGUAAUAGCGGUGUGAGGGAGUACUCUUAAGCAGUUUUUUAUAUUGUAUUAAUGAUAGUAUUUUAUUGUGGUUGCUUGGGCAGUGUUAGUUAUACAUUCUUAAUUACUUUGAUAUUUUCUCCUUGAAGAAUAUCUCU